GAACAACAUCUCUAUGCUACGGCACCUAUGGUUUUUAUCCAAGUGAAGGUGAAAGCUGGGGGAGGACAAAAAAGAUAAAAACGGAGAGGGAAAAAAAGGGCUCUCAAGUUUUGAAGACAGGCAAGAGUGACAUCUCCAACCCCCAGCGACACCCCCCAUAAAAAAAGGAUCACUGACUACAUUUUAACCAAAUACAUCAUGGCUUCGUCUAGCAGUCUCUUACAUGAAGAGCAGCUCCAGUGCUCCAUCUGUCUGGAUGUGUUCACCAAUCCUGUCUCUACUCCGUGUGGACACAACUUCUGUAUGAUCUGUCUCAACGAGUUCUGGGACAGUACUUCACAUUACCAGUGUCCAAUGUGCUUAGCAGAAUUCCCCAAAAGACCAGAGCUCCGGGUGAAUACCUUUAUUUCUGAACUGUGUACUCAGUUUAAGAUGUCAGUUCAGGUGAAAUCCAGCAGCAUAGCAGAUCAACCUUCAUACCUCAAACCUAAAGGAGUUCUGUGUGACACCUGCACCAAGGAAAAGGCUGAGGCUCUAAGGUCCUGCCUGGACUGUGGGGUUUCUUUAUGCAUUACUCAUCUGUUGCCCCAUAAAACUACAGUUAAAUUAAAAAAACACAAACUGAUCGACCCUGUGGAGAACCUGGAGGACUACAUCUGCCAGAAACAUGAGAGACCCCUUCAGCUGUUCUGUAGAGAUGACCAGAUGUGUGUGUGUCAGUUCUGUAUUUUGGGAGACCACAAAACUCACAAAACUGUUCCUAUUGAGGAGGAAAUUCAAGAGAAGAAGAGUCACCUUCGGGAGACACAGAAACAUGUUCAGAAGAUGAUCCAAAACCAAGAAGAAAAGAUGGAGGUGCUCAAACAGUCUAUUGAACUCAAUAAAAAACACUCAGACAAAGAAAAAACAGAAAGCAUGAAGAUGUUCAGUGCUCUGAUGCGCUGCAUUGAGAGAAGCCAGGCAGACAUACUUAAGUUGAUUGAAGAAAAGCAGAAAGCAGCAGAGAGGCAGGCUGAACAAUUGAUUAGAGAGCUGGAGCAGGAGAUCACUGAGCUGAAGGCAAAAAACAAUGACAUGAUACAGCUCAUAAAUACACAGGAUCACCUGAAGUUCCUACAGAUUUACCCAUUUCUCCACGGACCUUUACACAACACCAACUGGAAUAAUGUCAGAAUUCAUUCUCCUCUGAGUGUAGAGCCACUGAGGAGAGCUCUGCGUCAGCUUCAGGAGUCUCUCAAUGAGGAGAUUAAGAAGCUCCCAGAGAUUGAACUGAAGAUAUAUCAACAAUAUGCAGUGGACGUGACUCUGGAUCCUGAUACAGCAAAUUCUAAACUUAUUCUGUCUAAUGAUAGGAAACAAGUGAGAUAUGAGACCAAAGGACAGAAUGUACCUGAUAACCCAGAGAGGUUUAAGCGUUGUGUCAAUGUUCUGGGAAAAGAGGGCUUCUCCUCGGGGAGAAUUUAUUAUGAUGUGCAAGUCAGAGGGAAAACAGCUUGGGAUUUAGGAGUGGCCCGAGAGUCUGGAAACAGGAAAGGGGAAAUUAUAUUCAAUCCAAAGAAUGGAUACUGGGUUGUGAUGCUGAGAAAUAAGGCUGAAUAUAAGGCUUGUGAUUCUCACCUAAUUCCCCUUACACUGAAACAGGCUCCUCAGAAGGUGGGGAUCUUUGUGGAUUAUGAGGAAGGUUUGAUCUCCUUCUAUGAUGUUGAGGCCAAAUCUCAUAUUUACUCUUUCACUGGUCAGACUUUCACUGAGAAACUCUAUCCAUUCUUUAGCCCUUGUCUUAAUAAUGGCAGUAAAAACUCAGGACCGCUAGUCAUCACGUCUAUUGAACAUUAUUUUUCUACAUAAAACAACUUCACGGAAUAAAAAUUAAAGCAAUAUAUGCAGAAAUUAGACAACUGCUUUUGAGGUUAGAAGAUAUUUAAUUAAAAAUUAAAUACAUUUUAUUUUACUUGGU